GGAUUAAUACUAAGGCAGAUUUACUGAAGAUACAAAUAUCGUUGGACCGCCCAUUUCAAAUACGAUAAAGCGCAUCCCGGGGGCUCGGGGAUCAGACGAAAAACUACGUCUAUAUUAAGCGUAGCUGUUACCAAAGUAAAUUCUUGCGCAGCAGUUCCUGAAACUGCGUACCCUCCCUGCCUUCUCCCAGGUUGGUGCUUGCAACAGCGCGUCAUCUUGAACCAUGAAACACAAGCUAACUAGGUUGCGAUUCCUUAUCGUGCUGGUCGCCAUCUUCAGCAUUCUGGUCAUCUACCGUUUCGGCCCCUUCACCAUGAACGCCGGGCCGCCUUCUAUAGUGAUGCCCAUCGUGGUCCAUUCCACCCUCGAUAACCUUUCAUAUAGUAUCAAGACUUCCGGAUGCACGAUGCAGCAAUUCGAUCCGUUCGACUCGUCUGUGAAGAAGUACAUAAAAAAGCUGGACCCCAUCAGGUGCCCCGGAAAUCCCAACUUCAUCUCAACAAGAGACGGUAUUCCCUUCAUCGAGAAAAAGGACCUCUUGUUACACAAAGUUCCGCUUGAAGAUGUUAACUGUUCUUAUCAAGAAAUUAUUCGAGAACUCAGUAACUUCAGGCCUGAUGCGAAGCAUUUCUACGGAAAGAAAGUCCCGUUGAAGUUCGGCACAUACCUGGACAAAGAGUUCGGCCUCGUGGAGUGUUCCCGAAAAUCGAAUCUCACUAAGGUCUUCCACAAGCAGUUCCUACUCAAUCUCAUACCAAAAGCAGACGUGGAGCUGCGAUGCCAACGCGCUUCUAACGGGACGUCACACAACUUGAGCGUAUUGGUUCUUGGUUUGGAUUCGGUAUCUCGCUUGAACUUUCUCCGGCACCUACGACAGACAGGAGCUUUCGUUAGGGAUCAGCUGAAAGCAUUCGAACUUUUUGGAUACAACAAGCUUGGGGACAAUUCUUUUCCAAACCAAGUUCCUCUCAUCACUGGAAUGAAUGGGACGGAAGUCCUGAACUUGGUUUCGGACAAAUUCAGCGACAAACUCGAUUUGAUCUGGAAGAGGUACGCGGAGCGUGGCUACAGAACUAUGUUCGUAGAAGAAACUCCAGAUUUCGGCUUGUUCAAUCAUCACAUGAACGGCUUUCAUAAGGCCCCUGCCGACUACUAUUUUCGUCCGCUCCUUCAGGCAAUAGACCAUUCUUCUAUAAAGGCUAAAUUUGGAGGUCUGCCCUGCCUAGGACCACGCAUGCAAUUUGAGAUUCUGCUCGAUUACCUUGCCCAGUUCACAAUUGCAAUGAAAGGUAGGCAAUUUUUCUCUUAUACAUGGAUAAGCGAGAUAUCGCACGACGAUCUCAACUAUGCCGGCUACGCGAAUCUUCCCUUUCUCAAGCUCUUCCAAAAGCUCAACGCCUCCGGUGUGCUCAACAACACCGCGGUAAUCUUCCUCAGCGACCACGGCAUUCGGUUCGGCGACAUUCGAACGACACUCAUCGGCAAGUACGAAGAAAGACAGCCGUUCGCUUUCGUGAUAUUUCCGCCAUGGUUCUUGGCGUCCCAUCCUCACGUCGAGCGAAGCCUUCGACGGAACCAGAUGCGACUCACCACCACUUUCGACAUCCACGCGACGCUGAUGGAGCUCCUCGACUUCCCCGGACAGCCCGGUCCGCGAACCAAGUACGGCCUCAGCCUCUUCCACGAGAUACCAGAGGCACGGACUUGCGCGGACGCGUCCAUCCCAUACGAAUGGUGCACGUGCCAAACAGACGAAAGCGGCAGCGUUUCACCGGUGCUCGCAGCUUUUCUGGGUCAACACUUCGUGGCUCAGAUUAACAAGUGGCUUGGAAGAGUGGCACAAAAGUGUGACUCGCUUAAGCUGGCCGAACUAAUAGACGUCAGGACCCGUCUUCCGUCCCAAGGAGAGGUGAAUGCCAAGAUCAAACAUUACUGGGUCACUCUUAAAGUCGCACCGGGCGGCGGCAUCUUCGAGGCAACGCUACACGUAAACGAGCUGAACGGGAGCGUGUCCGUGCUGGAAGGGGUGAGCCGGUUGAACACCUACGCGAAAUCCGCCUAUUGUAUCAAAGAUCGCUUAUUAGAAAAGUUCUGCAAUUGUAAAAAAUAA